AUGUGUAUCCCGGCUCUCUAUGUGGUAGCAAUUGAGCCUGGGGACGAGGUUCAUGUGAUGACGGUUCAGAAGGCCACUGUCGAGAAGAGACUUCUGAGUUGGGCCUUCUCCAUUUCCCAGCCACCAACCCAGCCAGCCACCAACCCAGCCAGCCACCAACCCAGCCAGGCAGACAGAUGUCACCUUCAGCCUCCUCCCCCGGCCCUCCCUCUGAGCUCUGGCAGCCUGCACCCCCAGACAGGUGAAAACAUCCCAGCCUCUGUCCUCCAUAUCCAGCUGUUAGGCACCAGGACAGUUCAGGUGAAUAACAUCCCAGCCUCUGUCCUCCAUAUCCAGCUGUUAGGCACCAGGACAGUUCAGGUGAAUAACAUCCCAGCCUCUGUCCUCCAUAUCCAGCUGUUAGGCACCAGGACAGUUCAGGUGAAUAACAUCCCAGCCUCUGUCCUCCAUAUCCAGCUGUUAGGCACCAGGACAGUUCAGGAGAAUAACAUCCCAGCCUCUGUCCUCCAUAUCCAGCUGUUAGGCACCAGGACAGUUCAGGAGAAUAACAUCCCAGCCUCUGUCCUCCAUAUCCAGCUGUUAGGCACCAGGACAGUUCAGGAGAAUAACAUCCCAGCCUCUGUCCUCCAUAUCCAGCUGUUAGGCACCAGGACAGUUCAGGUGAAUAACAUCCCAGCCUCUGUCCUCCAUAUCCAGCUGUUAGGCACCAGGACAGUUCAGGAGAAUAACAUCCCAGCCUCCGUCCUCCAUAUCCAGCUGUUAGGCACCAGGACAGUUCAGGUGAAUAACAUCCAAUGUUAAGCCGCUUUAAAGAGAACAUCCUUAAUCUACCAGACCUUGAUUUGUGAAGUGUGCGCUUGUGCACGACCUUGUCUGUGUGCUUGUUUGUGGUUGCAUGUGUCCAUGCACAUAUCUAUCCCUCUGUGUGUGCACGACCUUGUCUGUGUGCUUGUUUGUGGUUGCAUGUGUCCAUGCACAUAUCUAUCCCUCUGUGUGUGCACGUAAGGGUCAUGGGCAGGACACGGUACAGGAAUUGACAGGCUCAGAUAUGGUCUUGAGGUCAUCCACUGUCUCAUUGCCAAGGUAACCAGGUGUCUAGUCAGGAAUGUCCCUCAUUUGCUGUGUUAUAGUGACAACACAUUUUACAUGUUAAUAUUGACAAGUAUUUCCUAAUGAAUCUAUACCGGUAGUACUUUGUUUUGUGGUGUGGUAUUGUGAUGUCUGGCCAUGAAACAUGGUCGCUGUGACAAUAUGGACUGUUGUAAUAACUCCCAAAACACUCUAAUGCCUUUCGAUUGAAUGAAAGCCCCUCAAUGGCAGAUUUGUUUUGCA